AUGCCGAUACAACGUUGCCCUAUGGUGAGAUGGUCGUACACGACCUGGGAUAUCGAAGAAAUGGCAUGGGCUCCCAGUCCUGGGGAUUCUUUUCUCUUACUCAAGCACCUACGCCUUAUCAAGGAUGCGAACAUACUGGCAAAUGUUCCCUCCCUUUCGCGAGCAUCAAAAGUGGAAUCCCCAGUGGCCACCCGAACGGCACACGUUGAUACGAGUCACUUACAAACCUCACCUAUCAAUGCCAAUACACCGACGGCUUUUGGUAGUCAAACGAAAGACCAACCUAGCAAGGUGUAUACAAGAUUAACAGAGGAACAGACACGCUCAUUGGAGAGAUUAUUUAAAAAGGACCCUUAUCCUAAGACUGACAUGAAGAAGGAGUAUUCUCGUGAUUUGGGCCUCGAACUUCACACGGUUUCUAAUUGGUUUCAGAAUCGUCGGGGCAAGAAAAAACGCCAUGAAGCGGGACAACAAUCGAAAACCCCACUAACAAGUCCACGAGCGACCCCGGUUACACAAGAUCGGUCUGGUAUUUACAAAGCAAUCCUCCCGACUGCCGAUAGGAACUCAAAAUUAUCCUUGCCAUCAAUCCGAGAUCGAAUGGACCUCCGUCAUUUAUUGACUUCACAGAAAGUGGGAGCCAAUAACAUUACCCUCCACAAUCCCCAUUCCAAGUUAAUGUCUUCUUGA